AGUUUCCCCCAAUGCUCUGUGUGUCUGAAACUCCACUGGCUCCUUCCUCCCUAACUCCUCACUUCAUAGUGCUGCGUACUAAAAACAUCGGACGCUAGGGGAUCAAGACGCGAGCCACAUCGCCUCUAUGUGGGCACUUUCACAGAUCUUUCGGGGGUUUUUUUUCUCCCAGUAAGGGGGCUGUGGAGGGAGGACUUUUUUUUAUGUCCAUUGUCUGAUGACUGUUUGCACGGCUGAUUAUUGAGUUGAUUGUUUAUUAUUUUGGCUGCUGUUGCCCGUCGCCCUUGUGCGUCUCUCUUUUUUUUUUAUCCUCCCCUUUUUUGGAAUCGGCGACCCACACCGCAGCGCCCCAAUGUCCUAUCCUCAGGGUUACCUCUACCAGCCCCCGGGCUCUCUGGCUCUGUAUUCGUGUCCGGCGUACGGGGCCUCGGCUCUGGCUGCCCCGCGGAGCGAGGACCUGGCGCGGUCGUCCUCCGGCUCAGCCUUCAGCCCUUACCCUGGAUCGGCUGCUUUCUCCGCGUCGGCCGGCGCAGGCUUCUCCAGUCCGCUGUCAUACUCCACGGAUCCGACGACGGGAUUCCCAUCCUACAUGAGCUCUCCAUAUGACGCGCACACGACGGGCAUGGCGGGGGCGCUGGGUUACCACCCAUACGGGAGCCCCGGGUACCCGUACCAGCUCAACGACCCGGCUUACCGCAAGAACGCCACCAGGGACGCCACGGCCACCCUGAAGGCCUGGCUGCAGGAGCACAGGAAGAACCCGUACCCGACCAAAGGGGAAAAGAUCAUGCUGGCCAUUAUCACCAAGAUGACCCUGACGCAGGUCUCCACGUGGUUCGCCAACGCCCGGCGGAGGCUCAAGAAGGAGAACAAGAUGACCUGGGCGCCCAGGAACAAGAGCGAGGACGAGGACGAGGAGGACGGGGACGGGGAGAGGAAGGAGGUGGAGCGCUCCGAGAAGAACCUGGACAACAGCGAGGCGUCGGCGGAGGAUGAAGGGAUCAGUUUGCACGUGGACACUCUGACGGACCACUCCUGCCCCUCGGAGUCGGACGGGGAGAAGGUCAGCUGCCGCGUGGCCGAGCUGAGCUCCGACCAAGCCGGCGACAAGUGCGACGACGACGGCGAGGACCAGAACCACGACCCGCGGGCUCAGCUCUCGCCCAAGGCCGUCACGUCGUCUCCGCUCACGGGAGUGGAGGCGCCGGUUCUCGGCCACCAUCACCACCACCACCACCCACACCAUCUCCACCACCACCUGCAUCACCUCCACCACCUCCACAGCCAGCGGGAGGACCUGGCCCGGAGCCUCGUCAGCAGCAGCGGCCUCAUCGCCAGUAAACCGUCCCCGUGCCUGGAGAGCCGGGCUCCGUCGGGGGCGCCUCAGAUCCCCGCAGCCAAGCCCAAGCUGUGGUCGCUGGCGGAGAUUGCUACCUCGGACCAAAAGCAGCAACAUCCGCAGCAGCAGCCACCGGGGCAGCCUGCGGGGCAACCGACCUGCCCCUCCUCCUCCUCCUCCGGCGGGGGCCUCCUCACUCCCCCCACGUCCUCCACCAGCUCCCCGGCUGCCAGCUCCCCCUCCCUCUACCCGGCCCCCUCCAUCCUUGGAAGACCUAUUUAUUACACUUCUCCCUUUUAUAGCAAUUACACAAACUAUGGCAACUUCAGCCCCCUGCAGGGCCAAGGGAUCCUGCGCUACACUAAUUCGUCUGGAGUGAGUCUGGCCGCCGCAGCCGCCGCUGCCGCCGCCGCCGCCGCCGCUGCUGCGAACGAGGGCCUGAGCUCCUCGCACCAGGGGCUGGAGGCGAGCACGAACCCCAAGCACAGGCCAGACUCCCCCCUCGUUAAAAAUAACCCAAACCACAUUGUUGUUGUCGAGCAGCAGCAACAACAGCUUUUCAGAGCCGCACAUUUAGAGGCGAAGAAAGGUACGUAAUCAACAUGAUGCGGCCCCCCCCCCCGAAGUGAUUUGAAAACUUAUUUAAUCUAGUGUUGAAAUCUUGAGAUUGUAUUUUUCUUAAAGAAAAGAGAGGAAAAAAAACAAAACAAACACUGGUAGGGAAAUCUCUUCAUGGUGGAAGUAAAAUGAAAUGAGUUCACUCGUUUCCAAUGCAAAUCAACUGGUUUUUUUCUUUGUCUUGUUGGGACAAACUGGGAAGGCUGGGCUGUUUUUUAAAAUUGUAUUUCUUUCAAACAAACACGAGAAACAAGUGACAUCAUCAGACACUAUUUACAGAUUUUCUAAUAAGAUCUUAGGACCGGAUGUGAGACUAAACGAUUUAUUGAGAGGGACUUUCGUUUAUGGCCUAUAAUUCGUUUUUCAGUGCAGUUCAUUAUCUGUUCAUAACUUAUUUUUUAACUAUAUGCACGUUCAUUUCUCACACAAUCAUUAAGAGUGAGGUCAAUUCAUUUCCAUGCAACAGGCAACGAGAACCCAUGGGGAUAUAAUAAGAAAAAAAGCAUAUUGCGAACAAAUGUUGCAAGAGGACACACACAGAUAUGGACAUUGAAAUGAGCCCGUGAAGGAAUCAGCCUGAUCACACACACACACACACACACACACACACACACACACACACACACACACACACACACACACACACGCAGAAAUGUUGCCACAGCUUUGAGCAGGAAUCCUACUUUUAAUGUUUCCUCUGAUGUGUGCCCGCGCGCGCGUGUGUGUGUGUGUGUAGGUGCGUGCAUGUGAGCGCACGCGCACAGUAGGCCCCAAACCUUAUCUUUCAGCGUAUGGGAUAAUUAUAAUUACGCCAGGGUCAGCCAAAAGUAAACAGAUCAGUGAGUUUGCUCUGUGCGUCCGUCGUGCAACUUUAUUACAUCUUCAAAUGUCACUUAGUGUAAUCUCGGCGGUUCCUUUACGCACAUCCAAAGCUAUGCGCACAUGUCGUUUUCUCAUGAGCACUUACAGGAUAAUACACGGAGCUGUUUCUGGGGGGGGGGUUUUCUUUCAGUUUGACAGUUGAUCACGAUGGUGUCGUCGUGUGGGGAUUUUCCUUUUUUGGUUUGUUGUUUUAUUUCCAUGCUCUGCAGGUAGGUGUCACAAUUGCUUUGACUAUAAAAGCGAGGAAUGGCACCACCUAUGGCCUCAUGUCAUAACCCCAGUAACCUUUGCUCCAAACCGGAUCUAGUGCCACCACAUAGUCGGGAUGAACGCUGCUACUCCGCCUCCCCCUCAGCUCCACGCACGCAGCUUGAGACACACCCCAGCACACAGUAUUUGUCAGAUUUAUAAUUAUUGUUGUAUUGUUUCAGUUUUGUUUUCUGAAUUAUUUUCUGAGAGGUUGAAAAAAAAAGAGAGAGAUCUCCCAUUGUAUGUGAUUUUACAUGUUAUUUCUCAGGUUCCUAUAGUUUGCUUAUUUGCCACGGUAUAUUAUGUUAGUAUAUAUUUAAGUGUGGAUAAAACAAGUUAAACAUAAUUUGGCCUUUCUGUGAGAACCGUGUCUGUGGAAGGAGGUGUCACGGGACGCAGGGCGCACGGAGCUGAAGUCAACUUGAGGACUUCAAAGUGGAAUAGCCUACAUUUGAUAUUUAUUUUUUUAAAUGGUGGCGAACUGAUGCCUAUAAUAAUAAUUUAUGCAAGUUGUAUUGCAAAAAAGGUAAAAAAACAAAAAAAACAUGGGAAGCUGACAUCGUCUGUUUGUUUUGUAAAUAUAUAUAUUAUGGACGCUUUUUAUUUGAGACGCAUUUGGGAAAAGAAGCUACACAAUCUUGUUAUCAGGAGUACUUUUACUAAUUUAUAUCUUUGAAUGUAAAUAAAAUAAAAAAUGGUAUAGAUGUACUGGCGGGGUAUGAUAUCCAUUAUUCCCAACAACAAAAAAAGGAGAAAAUAUUAAACUGUUUUCCCAACCAUGA